CUGUCCUUCCCCUGCCCACUGCUUCCCUCAAGAUGGCAUCCGACAGCCCGGAGUCGCUAAUGACCUUGUGCACAGAUUUCUGCCUUCGCAACUUGGAGGGGACUCUCUGCUACCUGCUGGACAACGAAACGCUCCGACUCCACCCUGACAUCUUCUUGCCAAGCGAGAUUUGCGACAAACUUGUCAACGAGUAUGUGGAGCUGGUCAAGACGGACAGCAUCUUCGAACCCCAUGAAAGCUUCUUCACCCUGUUCUCUGAUCCCCGGAGCACCAGGCUAGCUCGGAUCCACUUGCGGGAACAGAUCGUGCAGGACCAGGACCUGGAGGCCAUCAGGAAGCAGGAUCUUGUUGAGCUCUACCUGACUAACUGUGAGAAGCUGACAGCCAAGAGUCUGCAAACCUUGGUGAGCUUCAGCCACACGCUUAUCUCCCUUAGCCUCUUUGGAUGCUGUAAUAUCUUCUACGAGGAGGAAAACCCUGGAGGCUGUGAAGAUGACUGUUUGGUGAACCCCACUCGCCAGGUUUUGGUCAAGGACUUUACUUUUGAAGGCUUUAGCCGCUUGCGCUUCCUGAACCUGGGUCGUUUGAUUGAAGGGGUAAAUGUGGAGACGUUGCUUCGGCCUCUGGCCUCCCUUGCAGCUCUUGAUCUCUCCGGGAUCCAGCUGAACGAUGUGGGAUUUCUGACCCAGUGGAAGGACAGUCUGGUUUCCUUAGUGCUUUACAACAUGGACCUUUCAGAGGAGCACAUCCAAGUGAUUGCACAGCUCCACAAGCUCAGGCACUUGGAUAUCUCCCGCGAUCAUCUGUCCAGUUACUACAAAUUCAAGCUGACCCGGCGGGUUCUAAACCUGUUUGUGGAAAACUUGCUAAACCUCACUUCGCUCGAUAUCUCAGGGCACACCAUGUUGGAGAACUGCACUAUCCCAAGCAUGGAAGAGAAGAUGGGCCAGACAAGCAUUGAGCCAGCAAAGAGCAGCAUCGCACCCUUCCGGGGUCUGAAACGACCGCUCCAAUUCUUGGGCCUUUUUGAGACGUCUCUCUGCCGCCUGACACAUAUUCCAGCCUAUAAGGUGAGUGGAGACAAGAAUGAAGAGCAAGUCCUGAAUGCUAUCGAGGCGUAUACUGAACACCGGCCAGAAAUCACUUCGCGGGCCAUCAACCUCCUUUUUGACAUCGCCCGCAUUGAGCGUUGCAGCCAGCUGUUGCGAGCCCUUCAGCUGGUGAUCACAGCCCUCAAGUGCCACAAGGAUGACAAAAACAUCCAGGUGACAGGCAGCGCGGCGCUGUUUUACCUGACGAACUCCGAGUACCGCAUGGAGCAGAGUGUAAAGCUGCGGCGCCAGGUCAUCCAGGUGGUGCUGAACGGCAUGGAGUCCUACCAGGAAGUCACAGUACAGCGCAACUGCUGCCUGACGCUGUGUAACUUCAGCAUUCCCGAGGAGCUGGAGUUCCAGUACCGCCGAGUCAACGAGCUGCUGCUGAACAUCCUCAAUCAGAGCCGGCAGGAUGAGUCCAUCCAGCGCAUCGCCGUGCACCUCUGUAAUGCUCUGGUCUGCCAGGUGGACAACGAUCAUAAAGAAGCUGUGGGCAAGAUGGGUUUUGUCAUGACAAUGCUAAAAUUGAUUCAGAAGAAGCUGGCUGAUAAAACGUGCGAUCAGGUGAUGGAGUUCUCCUGGAGCGCCCUCUGGAACAUUACUGAUGAGACCCCUGAUAACUGUGAGAUGUUCCUUAACUACAGUGGCAUGAAACUGUUCUUGGAGUGCCUGAAAGAGUUCCCAGAGAAACAGGAGCUGCAUCGCAAUAUGCUGGGCCUCCUUGGCAAUGUGGCAGAGGUGAAGGAACUCCGCCCACAGCUCAUGACCUCUCAGUUCAUCAGUGUGUUCAGCAACCUGCUGGAGAGCAAAGCAGAUGGCAUUGAGGUAUCCUAUAAUGCCUGUGGCGUGCUCUCCCAUAUCAUGUUUGAUGGUCCAGAGGCUUGGGGUAUAUGUGAGCCACACCGAGAGGAAGUUGUAAAGAGGAUGUGGGCAGCCAUCCAGAGCUGGGAUAUCAACUCCAGAAGAAAUAUCAAUUACAGGUCAUUCGAACCAAUCCUUCGGCUUCUUCCACAAGGGAUCUCUCCGGUCAGCCAGCACUGGGCUACUUGGGCACUGUAUAACUUGGUCUCUGUCUACCCUGACAAGUAUUGCCCACUGCUGAUCAAAGAAGGUGGGAUUCCCCUUCUGAAGGACAUGAUUAAAAUGGCCUCAGCACGGCAAGAGACCAAGGAAAUGGCCCGGAAAGUUAUAGAGCACUGCAGUAACUUUAAGGAGGAGAACAUGGACACUUCCAGAUAGAGGCAAUCACCUAGUGCCUCUUGCCAGCACUGUAUCCAGCUUCUCUCUAAUUCACUGUAUAUAGGGAGGACUCUUUCUUACCAACUCGCCCGUUGGAAGGAAACUUUAUGUGUGUGUGUGAGACCCUCAGUAGAUGAAGGUGAACAGGGGAGGGGGGGGAGGGACUUUUUGCACAACAAAAUGCUUUCCUUAAAUUAGUGGACUUUUUUGUUAUGAAGUUUCAGAUUGAAGUUCUGUGUGUAUGAUUUCUGUAUAAAAAGAAAAAAACAAAGACAACUACAUUAUGUAUCUUUUAACCUUUUUUUUAGACCACACAGAGAGCCUCAAAUGAUCAUGAGCUUGAAGACCUAGUUGUGUGAUCGCUAGUGUGACUUUUUUUAUUUCCCACUUUUUAGAAAAUUCCCUUUUGCUGUAUUGCAUGAGGUCCUGUAAUGUCUGCAAGAUCACCAGUCCUGAAUUGGUAUUGGCCACUCAGUGGGUUUUAUAGGCAAUGCAAAUUAUUUAUUUGCUUAUAGAGGUUGGGGGACACAACACAAGAGCGUUAGACCAAGAGAACUGACCUUUUUAGUAAUAUUUGUAAGUAGAGAAAAUGGGAAAGAAAGAUCUUUCAAGUCAAUUCAUUCCCUUAAGGUUUUUAAUGGAAGACUCAUUUUAAUAGAAGCACUGCUAAGUGUACGUGGGUCAUUUGGAAGUAAGACAUUCCCAUUAAAGUCGAGAGUUCUGUUUUGUCCCCUUUGGCAGUUCAGUAGGAUCUGCCAGCCCACCCAGUCUCACACGGUCAGGGACGACCAGUAAAACCAGUUACCCACCCAUGGCAACACAGAGCUUUUCCGUCUAAGGGAGGCUGUGCAACAAGGAACAAGGUUUGUUCACAAAGGGCUAUGCAUCUUCAUUCCAGUACUUCAGCUUUUUAGUUGUGUUCUGCUUUAUGGGAAAGGGCUACAAAUGCCAGAAAGUGGAUUUCCCCUUGGCAUAAGAAGUUCUCGUAGAUCCUAGGCAAGAGCAGCUUGUACCAGUGCAAGUUCCAGUAACGGACUGAAGCUGUCCUACCCGUCUUCAGUCUGCGUUGGUACAAGCCACACUCAAUGACAAAGUAAUCUCCCUUUAUAGGAAGCUUGCUGCAGCACAGGUGCUGUCACUGGAGCUGCUAACAUCAUCUUUUGAGACUAGGGAGUCUCUAUGCAUUCUUUGGAGUGUGAUCUCGUGAAAUAGCACCUCCUGUUCCACCCCAACAUCUUCCCCUUCUUCUGGGAAGCAAAGGGCCCUAUUCUUAUCCAAUUCCCACCAGUGCAGUCCCACUCACAUCAGCAGAAUUACUCCAAUUUAUAUGGUGUAGGGGAGAGGGAAUCCCACUAAGGUGGUCUUGAUUUUUAAAACUCUAGACCUAUAAGAUGCUUAAGAAGCCAAGGGCCAAAGUUUGCUGCACAGCCAAGCACUCAACACCACAUCAUGCAGUUCAUGCUCAAGAGCCCCCUGCUUGUCACAGUUCUUUCACAAUUCACAGUUCUUCCCUUAAAAAUGAGUUUAGAAAAUAUUUUACAUCUGCAGUUAGAGGAAGCCAUGGCCACGUGAUUUAGGACAUUUCAGGCCUCACACAGCACAGUAACCGUCGCUGCUCUCUUCCCUUACAUUGCUCUCAGAUUUGACUCGCUGCUAUGACAGGUUCUUCUAAUGCUCAGAGUUAAUGCUGUCGUUGCUGAGCACAUUAUAGAUAGAUCCUAGAGACACAAACUGACACUUUAAAUGACAGAACACAGCUGCCCUGAGAGGUUUACUUUUUUUCUGCCAAUAUGGUGUUACUCAAUGUCUUCUUUUCUCUUUUUAACCAUACGUCAUUUGUUUUGAUAUUGUGAGAUCUGUACUUUUUUCUUUAAGUAUUUUUCAAACUUAUAUAUAUUUUUGUGUCACUUUUGAAUUGUUUUCAUAUGGUUUGCAAAACUUGACAAAUUAUACUUUUUUUUUUUGA